AUGGCUUUAGAAACUUUCAGUCUGAAAAGAAGGGCUUCGGCUUCAUCUAGGUGGGAAGUUAUUCUGUGCAUUUCCUUUGGCUGCGGUAAUCGGCAACAGGGUGAUUUUGGUGGUGCCAUCGGUUUAGUCAGUGUUGGAAGAGGCAUCCUUUCGCUUGCAACGCAGCUGGGCGAGACCAUCAAACACAAGUUUUCAUACUGCUUGGUAUCUUUUGAAGACGAGUCCAGCAUUAGCCCUCUUUUUCUGGGAGAUGCUAUGAUUGCUGAUCUUCUUGGCAAGUGCCAAUCUACUCCUUUUAUUGGAGUGAAUGAAACCAAUUACAUUUCAAAUUACUACUAUCUUAAUUUGCAUGGAAUCAACGUUGGAAGAAUGGCGAUAAAAUAUCCGGCUUCUACAUUUUUACUUGAACCUUCAGGAAAUGGUGGGAUGAUGAUAGAUUCUCAAAGCACACUGACUCAUUUGGCCGACCCUGUGUACACACCCUUCCUGGGCAUCAUCAAGUCUAGUGUCAAAGCUAAGCCUGUGAAUGCCUCUUCUACCGACGGAACUGAUCUUUACUACGAAAGUACGUUGCCCAUAUCGAAGCUUCCACAAAUUGUUUCAUUUUGCAGGAAAUGCAACGCUUAA